AUGCCUUCCUCCUCAACCUACAGCACCUCCCAAGAGUCCCUCAUCAUCCAACACUACAAAAUCAUCGUCGCGCGCGUCUGGUCCGUCGGCUACGACAAAGCCGCCCAGACCAUCACCGACUGGUACGCCGAGCUCCUCGAAGCCUCUCCCAAUGCCCUCUGGACAGAAGCUCGUAGAGAUCAGAAGUGGUGGGACGACAUGUCAAAGUAUUCGAACAAAGCCGGCAAGCCCAGAUCGGAUAGUGCGUACGCUGCGGGAAACUUGAUGGCGGAUUCGGCGGCUGUGCUGUUUCGUUUUGGGAGGGACGUGGAGGCUGCGAGGUUCUGCGAGUUCGCGGAUAAGGUCUUCGAUUGGGCGAGAGAGGAAGAGGAAGGGGAGAGGGGGAGCAAGACGUGGAUGGUUUCGUCUUGA